UAGAUCUAGUAGUUAGACAAGACAAUCUGAAAAUAUGACAAGGCUUUCUCGAUCAAUUGUUCUGCUUUUGAUAAUUUUGGCUUUUGGUGAAAUGUUAGAAGCGAGGCGUGGCAGGAAGCGUGGAGGAAAGCCGAAACAUGGACAUGGGAAAGAGCGUAUCAAAGGCAUUGCAAGUCUACUGUCCGAUUUAGUCAGAGCAAACCCAGAGAAGCUGUGCAGUAUUGAUGUUGUUGGUAAACUGACUAUAUCGACAACCGGAACUGACUCUAAAACAGGUGUGCUCAACACUGAGGGCGCCAUGUGCACAGAAACUACAAACGACGCUACAGAUUAUAUCGCUAUUGACCUUGGUUCGGUUGAUCGUGUAGAAGGUAUCAUCACACAAGGACACAGCAAUAAUGACUGGUACGUUACCGAGUACAAAGUCGAAACGUCUGACGAUGGCACAACAUACACAGCGAUCAAAGACGAAAACGGCUUGGACAAGAAAUUCGGAGGAAACGUCGACAACCAAACACCAGUAUCUAAUGCAUUUCCUGAAGCUGUGGAAAAACGGUAUCUUCGCAUCGUACCAGUAUCGAUUGUUGGGGGAGAAGUGUAUGAGAGUCGGCCUAUACGAUUGUGAAAUUGUCCUUAAAGUCCUGGAUCUUGAUGAUGACGAUGACGAUAAAUAGAUAACGAGAUUUCACUACUAUAUUCUAGAACUAACAGUUGUUCAUCAUAUCAUUUGCACCCUAAAAAUAAUAUCAGGCGUUAAGAUUUGAUCUUUACAAUUUGUUGAAAGAAUUGUUGUAUGAUUUGUAAUUCAUUAUGAUGUAUAUAUAUAUAUAUAUUAAAUUGAAAAUCGAUGUGUCUAAAUAAAAUACUGCGU